UCGAUUGGGCGACGUGCGCGUAUCUAUUUCUUGCAGUACGUAGUGAGAUUCUUCCUGUUUGGUGUAGUGAAGGGUAUUUGACUUCGGAAUUAUUCGAAAUGGUUAAAAUGGAACAUGAUGAUGGCAAAAAUGAACCAGAACAUGUUCGAAAAUUAUUUAUUGGUGGCUUGGACUAUAGAACCACAGACGAUUCCCUAAAGAAACAUUUUGAAAAAUGGGGAGAAAUCGUAGAUGUAGUUGUAAUGAAGGACCCCAAGACAAAACGGUCUAGAGGAUUUGGUUUUAUUACUUACUCGCGUGCACAUAUGGUAGAUGAUGCUCAGAAUGCAAGACCGCAUAGAGUAGAUGGGCGUGUGGUUGAACCUAAGAGAGCUGUUCCUAGGCAAGAAAUUGGCAGACCAGAGGCUGGUGCAACUGUUAAAAAAUUGUUUGUGGGUGGUUUAAAAGAAGAUCAUGAAGAAGAAGACCUUAGACAAUAUUUUCAAAGUUAUGGUAGCAUAAGUUCAAUUAGUAUUGUCACUGACAAGGAAUCGGGGAAAAAACGUGGUUUCGGUUUCGUCGAAUUUGAUGAUUAUGAUCCUGUCGAUAAAAUUUGCUUACAACGUAAUCAUCAAAUACGUGGCAAACAUGUCGAUGUAAAGAAGGCUUUAAGUAGAGCGGAAAUGGCGUCUGCGUCUGGUGGUGGUGGUGGUAGUGGCGGUGGUAGUAGCAGAGGAGGACAAAAUGUAGGAAGAGGACCUCGUGGUGGUAACCAGGGUGGCGGUGGUAACUGGGGAGGACGAGGAAGUGGCGGUGGCGGAGAUUGGAAUAAUGGUGGUAAUCAGGGUGGUUAUGGUGGAGGUAAUCAAGGAGGUUGGGGCGGUAACGGUCCUUGGGAGAAUCAGAAUCAAGGUAAAGGAGGUGGAUGGGGAGGUCAAGGCGGUCAAGGCGGAUAUAACAGUGGCGGAAACUGGAGUAACGAUAAUUUCGGAGGAGGUUACCAACAGGGCUAUGGCGGCGGUCCAGUUCGGAAUAAUUUCAACUCUGGAGGAAGACCUGCUCCCUAUGGUAUUAAUAUGGGUCCUAGUGGCCGACAAUCUGGAGAUUCGAGAUGGCUAUCAUCCUUUGGUGGACAAGGUCCUAUGGGCGGUGGCAAUUCUGGAGGAGGUGGUGGUGGUUAUGGUAAUCAAGGGGGCUAUGGAGGCAGUUCUCUUGGAGGUGGAAAUAUGGGAGGUGGAGGCGGUGGUGGCGGAAGAAGAUAUUAAAGCACUUUACUCAUGGAUACUCCCUCACAUGGUGAACCUUCUACUUGUCUUCUAGUCGCCAGUACUUCUGUACUGUUUAGUAUUGGAGCAGGCAGGGCUAUGAAAGGCUAGAGACAAGACCAGGCAGGCAGGACAAUCAGGAUACAGGACAGAGAAGCGUCAUCUCUUAGAUCACAGUGAGGGAGGUUUUUGCUUGUAUUUCUUUUGGUAUCUAGCACCUACCAUAUAUAUUUUACAUAUUCUACCAUUUAUGUGAAAAUAUUGCAUCACAAUCUUCUAGACUGUGCUUGCACGUAUUGUGUAGCACAUAUGAUAUCCGAGAAAAAAAGUAAAUAAUUAUUAACAUUAAACUGGCGUCACCAUUAGAAAACAAGAGACCCAUUAAUUUGAUCAUUCAAUUGCUGUGUCUAGGGAUACAUCCGUGCCAUCCAAAUAUUAAAGUAUGUAAUACUUUGCUACAUUCGUUUCUGUAACAUUUUCGAAAAAGAUUACAGAUAUAGGAUUAUGCAAUAGACAUUGGAGAGCACGAUUGUUUCUCUAAUUUAGUAAAAUGUAUUGAAAUAGUGGUCCAUGUAAGAAUCUAGGUUUUACUACGUUGAUGCAGACUUUUAUUUCAUAAUAAGAAAGGUGAUUCUUGUAUAGACCAAAAAUCUCAGGAUAAAACGAGAAAUGCAUGAAGAAAAUGUGUCAAUAUGAAACGAAUCAAAGAAUAUAAAGGAAAAUCAGAUAGCACGAAUAUCAGUUAGCAUUUUUGUAGGCUACCUAGAUUAACUAAUUAUUAUUUUUUAAGUUGUAAUGUUUUAAGAGUUAGCUAAUAAAAAUGACCAGAACCUUUUCCAUGUCACUCUUUAAUUUAAAUAUACAAAUUUCAGUAGUAUCGGAUAAGUGUGAGGUACAAGAACCUUCUAUGAGAUAAAAGAAUAGGGAAGCAUAGUUGUCUAGAUUGAUAAGGGCACAUCUAAUUGAUAUAUAAUGACAUUAUUGACGAGUUUCGAACACUAUGUAUAAUAGAAGAACAACAUAUUUGUAUCCUCUGCCAAUUGUGUAGUCAAUGAAAGCACUAUUACAGGCUUCAUAUUUAUAUGUAUUCACAGUAUUAAAUAAUUUGUACAUAAUGAAAACCUGUGACCAAUUUUAUAUAGUUCUAAUAAUAUGUAGGAUUAAGAUAUAUGGAUUUAUGAAUGAAGGGAUACGUUGAAUUGGGUAUUUCAUACGCAAAGCUCUGUUGCAAGUUACAUAUGCUAGAAGUAUUAAAAAUGCAUUAUCCGUAUACAUACAUACAGAACAUUUGUCAGUAAAUUUUUCAAAUAAUAGCAAAAGAAUGUGACAAAUAAAAUGAAAGUAAUCAUAUGAUUAAAAAUUGCCGUUACAUAUAAUUAAUAUUAUUUUCGAAUCGCGUUUAAUGAGAAAUGAAUAAAACAAUAUUUAAUCUUUAAUGGUAUGUAAAGUAUGUCCUUAUUAUUUCUGAAUAUAAAGAUAGAUAUUUCUCAAUAAAUGCAACACAGUCUGUUCUUUAGUUUUUCUUCGUAUCCCUCUUAAU